CUGUGGCAGUUUCUUCCAAAAUAGCCAAAAAUAACUUUGUUUUGAAGCAGAAAAGGUUCGGUUCUUGUACUUGAUAAUUCAUUUUUUUGAGCCCAAUUCAGUGAAGAAUUGAGUUCAAUGUCCUCUGAUCUUUAUGUUUUUGGUGGGUCUUUCUACCCUCAUAAACCCUCAGGCAUGGUUUUCUCUGACUCAAUAGACCUUCUCUUCUCCUCAGAUCCUUCUUUCUCCCCUGUUGAUGAUACUAUUGUUCAGGAAAUCUCAAGCAUCAACCAUCAAAACCCAGUUGAAGAAUCCAAUUCUCUUGACCAAUUUUCCUCCAAUUUCCUCUCUUCGUCUCCUCCAAGUUCCCAACUUGAAAGUCUAAGCAUUUAUCAGAUUCCCCAGAUGCAAUCUAUGUCAAAUGGGUAUGGAGAUUUUGGGGGUUUGAAUUGUUUGGAGGUCAAAAAUGAGGAACUUCGGGUGGAAUUUGAUUGUGCUUAUAGUAAUUCCUUUGCUCCUUAUAGCUACAGCGGUGUUGACAAUGUAGGAAAGCUUAUGCAGAGGAGUUUCAGUAGCAACUCCUUUGAAGGAAAGCCCGGAUUUUCAUUCCAGCCCUGUUUUGAUUCUCUAAUGGAAUCUCCAAAUUUUCAGAGCUCACCGAAUAGUAGCUUUUUUUCAGGACAGAUGAGGAGGGUUUGCAGCACAGGAGAUUUGCAAUGUACGAAAAAACCUCACAACACCCAGAGGUCAUUUUCAAGCUCUUUAGCUACAGAUAGCUCGAUCAUGGCGGAGUCAAACUUCAAAGUUGGGCGUUACAGUGCAGAAGAAAGGAAAGAGAGGAUCUUAAAGUAUAGAGCCAAACGCAAUCAAAGGAACUUCAACAAGACCAUUAAGUAUGCGUGCCGGAAAACGCUAGCAGACAACCGCCCCCGUAUACGUGGCAGAUUCGCCCGCAAUGAUGAAGCUGCAGGUGACGUUCCCAAGGCUGCAUGCUCAACUCGAGAUGAAGACGAAGAAGAACAAUGGUUUGAUGGAUUGAAUGAAGAAGAGGAUGGAAGCAUUGGAAGGAGAGGCUCUUUGGCCAAUUUUGGUCAACCACAGUUUCAUUACUAUAGUUGCUUCUGAUUUUUUUUUUUGGAUGAACAUGGCUAUCUUCGCACCGUCCAUAAAUAAAUACUGAUUAAAGCUCCACCUAAGGUAACCAUGGUGGUCCUUUAAAAUGGUCAUGUCUUAGGUUGUUUUUAGGAGCUUUUUUUUUUUUUCCACCAAGGAAGAAGAAGCAUCUUGUUGAGUAAAAGAACUCAAAAGGAAAUUGAAUAAGUUUUCUUGAGGAGGCUAAAAUUUUCAGUAGGGAGCUGCACUACAGCACUAGAGUAGAAAAAGCUUAUCUAAGAUGAUUUUUAAAGUAUUUGCUAUGUAUUUUUGUCUCUAUUUUUAAUCAUUUCUGUUUCUGUGUUCAUUGUACAAAAGGUAUAAUCAAUAAAAAUAUUAUGAUUCC